AUGACCAUGGAGGCUCUCCCUAAGACCCUGGAGGCUGAUGAUAAGUUUCCAGAAUCCAAAGACCUACUUCCCAGUCAGACUGCCAGUUCCCUUUGCAUCAGUUCCAGAAGUGAGUCAGUCUGGACCACCCUCCCCAGGAGUAAUUGGGAAAUCUACCGCAAACCCAUCAUCAUCAUGUCUACUGGUGGUACCAUCCUUCUCUUUGGCGUGGUCAUCACCUGCUUGGCUUAUACUCUGAAAUUAGGUGAUAAGAGUCGUAGUAUUAUUAAGAUGACAGGUCCUGCUUUCCUGUCCCUGGGACUCAUGAUGCUGGUGUGUGGGCUGGUUUGGGUGCCCAUCAUCAAGAAAAAACAGAAGCAGAGACAGAAGUCAAGUUUUUUUCAGAGUCUCAAAUCCUUCCUGAAUUGCUAAUGGCAGCCUUCCCAUCACCCUGCCACCUGCACCCGAAGAAAGAGAACUGAUGACCAACAUGUAACAUCUCCAUCAUCUUGGCAGUGGAGCUUUUCCAUAGAAAUGGAUCCAGU